AUGGCCACACUGCAUGCAGCACUGUGGGCACACUGUCUAACGGCGGCACGCCAAAUGACAGAGGAUGGCAGUGAUGACGCAAAUACUCUGUCCGGCCUCGAAGGCUGCGGCGCGCCGCUCGUCGACCUCCUCCGGCGGCAGGCCACCCGGAUUGUGCAUCUGGACGACGACGACGCGAGCCACGUGCGGGUGAACACCGCCCUCGUCGCCCGCCGCCUCGAUGACCUCAUUGACAUCGCCCAUGCCCGCUUCUACGCCUAUGCGCCCUCCGAUGUGCCUGCCUGCUGGCGGCACCUCUACACCGACGCAAGCAUCCUGCUGUUUGCAUUGCGGUGGGCCGCGUUUUGGAACAACAUAGCACGGCUCUCCGACGACGACCUUGACAAUCUGGUCCGGCCGCUCGACUUGGCGCUAAUCCUGGCCGGCGGGGCCGGUCCGCCGUCGCGCGGGCACACCUGGAUACAUGCGUCGCUGGAUUUGUUGCACUCCAUUCUAGAGGAGGAAGACAGCGGUGGAGACGGCGACGAGGAUGUGCGUGAGGAAGGCCCGCAUCCGCAGAAACGAAGACGGCUCGGCGGCGAUGGACCCAAGCACCCCCGUGCUAUGCCCGAUUUUUCCGCUGGGCCUAUGUUCAACGAGGGUGAUACAAACAGCGCAGAGACCAGAGAGAACACAGAAAACACAGAAAACACAGAAAACAGCACCUUCAUUCCCCCCGUCCGCCAUCCCGUCCCGUGCCACGGUCCGCUUGGUCUCGAAGAGUUUCAGGAGUACCUAGACCGCGACCGUGGCCGCUCAAGGCAGCCCCUUGUAUUGACGGACAUGCAGGACGACUGGCCUGCGCAGCAGCCCAGCGGCCGGCCCUGGUCGUCGCCCGCGUACCUGCGGUGGCGCACGCUCCGAGGCCGGCGGCUGGUUCCGGUCGAGGUCGGGCGGAGCUACGUGGAUGCGGGGUGGACGCAGACGAUCGUGCCGAUGGGAGACGUGCUCGACCACCUGACGGGGCGGCGGCAGCGGCGCUCCGAACUGCCCACAGCCGCGGGAACCGGCCCCAUGUACCUCGCGCAGCACACGCUUUUUACCCAAAUCCCACAGCUCCGACACGACAUUGCCAUCCCCGACGCCUGCUACACCACGACCCGAACCUGGGUCGACGACAGCGACGACGACGACGACGACGACGACAGACACAGCGGCAGCGAUGCCGAGACCGGGGCGGACGUCCUCCUCCAUGCCUGGCUCGGCCCCGCCGGCACCAUUACCCCCUUGCACACCGACCCGCACCACAACCUGCUGGCCCAGGUCGUCGGCCGCAAGUAUGUGCGGCUGUAUGCGCCGGCGAACACGCCGGCACUGCGGCCGCGGGGCUGCGAAGCGGGCGGCGUCGACAUGGGCAACACGAGCCAGGUGGACGUGGGCGUCAUGGAAGGGUGGGAUGCCGAUGCGGGCGGACACGACGCCGACGGCGAGGUCACGGACGACGACAAGGCGUCCUUCCAGUGCGUGCCUUACAUGGACUGCAUCCUCGAGCCCGGGGACACGCUGUACAUCCCCCAAGGCUGGUGGCACUAUGUGCGCAGCCUGAGUGUGAGCUUCAGUGUGAGCUUCUGGUGGAAUUAA